UCCGCUGGUACUCCGUCAAGCUGCUUCUAAACUUCCAACCAAAAUGGAAUUCAUUAGUCGCGAUACUCCACCCAGGCUCGGAAACUUGGUCUUGUACCCUCCAAAACCAGUCAAACGCAUCGCCGAAGAAUCAGUUCCCGGUGUAGACCGUGGUCCAAUAGCCGAAGCUUUAGCUACACCCUACUACUGCUAGUUAGACCACCGAUAUAACGAAGAAUAUAUACUGUUAAUCAUCUAACAGGUGUCGCGGCUUCUUGCGCAGCUGAGGCCGUGAUACUUAACCCAGCCAGUGAUGCUUACGGUAUUUAUACAAUACACCUAUGUGUUUCAAAGCGGUUGUGGUUUCUCUUCCCUCUUCCCACUGAUGACCCUCGACCAAAACCUCUUCACCCUCCAGAUUAAACCCAGCCCCACUGACCCAACUCUUGUCGACCUCGCCGACCCCUCUGGGAAUGUAUUCUAUCGCAAAGAACGAAGCACUGGGGUUGCUUACAACCUGUCUCUAUAUGAUUUCAUCACCCAGUCCGUACUAGUAACUGCCACCGCCCCAAGGCCAACCGGAAAAGUCAAAAUCAUCGAACUGCAAAACCCUUCGGUUCCAGUCGAGUUUAAGGCUUCUGGUACGUUUUCUGUGAAGUGGGCGUUUUCAUGGAAAGGCCACGAAUUCGAAUGGAAACGUGAAGAAGAAUGUUAUAUCAUCCGUAAACCUGAUCCCCCAGUAUUGAUCGCAAUAACCACCCGAAAAGAAUCCAACCGGAUACAAUCUGCGACUGUGCAGAUUUUGGAUUAUAAUCUUGAUCGAUUUGAAAUUGAAGAUCGAAAAGGGCUUGAGCUUGUCAUCCUCACAGCUCUAUCAACAUCAUUCCUCGAUUCUGCGGAUGUGAAUUUUCCGAACAUGAUGGUAAACGAUUAACGAUCGCCAGUACCGGGGGUAAUACCACCACCACCACCAGGAGGGGGUCGCAGAAAGUCGAUGUGGACAGCACUGUUACCGUUUGGUAGCAAUUCGAGACAGUCGGUGGUGGUAACGCCUGUACCGACGCCACCUGCGGAAAGCACUACUGGUUUCACUUCGUCUUCUUCAGCUAUAUCAAGGUCGCGCACGAAAAGCUCUCCAGGUCCACUUGACAAACCGCAUAACGCAUCUGCUGUUCUGCCUCCUACCACCGCUGCGCACGUAC